UCCGGCGCGUGCGUCCGGCGUCCGCUCGCCGCGGGAUGGCGGCUCUGAGGAUCUGGCUGUCGCGCAGCGUGUCCGCCUGGCUCAGGCGCGGGCGCUGUGUUCCUGCCGCGGCCGGCGGCCCGAAGCGCUGCUUCUCGGAGCUGGUGAGGCCCUGGCGCAGGGCGGCGGCGGUUGGACUUGGGGUCACGCUGUGUGCGGUGCCCAUCGCCCAGGAAUCAGAACCGCAUUCUCUGAGUAACGACGCACUGAUGAGGAGGGCCGUGUCUCUGGUGACCGACAGCACCUCUACCUUUCUCUCUCAAACCACCUAUGCGCUGAUUGAAGCAAUCACUGAGUACACUAAGGCUGUGUACACCCUGAUUUCUCUGUACCGACGAUAUACAAGUUUACUUGGGAAAAUGAACUCCCAGGAGGAAGAUGAAGUGUGGCAGGUGAUCAUAGGAGCCAGAGUUGAGAUGACCUCAAAACAACAAGAAUAUCUGAAACUGGAGACGACCUGGAUGACAGCGCUCAGUCUUUCAGAAAUGGCCGCAGAAGCUGCGUACCAGACUGGAGCCGAUCAGGCCUCGGUGACCGCCAGGAGCCAUGUCCAGCUGGUGAAGUCCCAGGUGCAGGAGGUGCGCCAGCUCUCGCAGAAAGCGGAGAUAAAGCUGGCAGAAGCCCAGACCCAGGAGCUGCGGCAGAAGACCCAGGAGGACGGGGAGGAGAGGGGCGAGCCCGAGCAGGAGGCCUACCUGAGAGAGGACUGAGGCCCGCCCGGCUGCCUGCACAGUGGGGAAGGCGGCAUGAAUGCCACCAGGGCUCCGCCCAGAGAGGCAGAGGCCCCGCCCUGGCCAGUGAGGCCAGAGGCCUUUGUGAACUGUGAGUGCCCACCCCUCCCGCACAGCUGCUCCCACUCCCUGCUCUUACCUCACAUGCCAAGUGCUACUGGGAGCCGGAGGGGGGCCUUGUUUGUUAUGCCCCAAGUUCAGUAGCUUUUUAACCUGUUUUAUCUUAAAUUUUCAAAGUGAUUUCA